AAAGAACAAAACACGAUUCCAUGAAUUGAUUUCUCACAAUUCACUGUAAGAUGGGGACUUUAUUUGGUGAGAUCUUUGUGAUCUACACCAUCUAUAAUAAUUUAUUAUAUCGUGGCGUAACUAUAUCUUGAUAUCUGAUGAUUUGUUCGAUUUGCAUAGCCAACCAGAUUUUACCUGAGUUUUCUCUUUGUGAGACAAAAGUUAGGUUACAAAAAUUUUGGCUUUGUAUAAAGUUAGCUUUGGUGACAGAAAGAGGAGCCGCCUCUACUCCAGCAACCCAAUUUUUAGGUCUACCAUCUCCACUUGCGAUCAUAAAUCCAAACAGGCCUUUUUCACUGGCAUUAUGGUGAUAGAAACUCGUGUGGAUAUUGUUUAUCUCAGAAUCUGAAGCUUAAGAAAAUGAAUCAAUUGUCACCAAAAUCAACUUGUUCUUUCAUGAUUUGUCCAACGCCAGAAAUAGUUAAACCUGAAUUCAGCAAGUGCCAAGAUGUGCAGCAAAGUUGGAACGGAGAUUGCUACAAACUACACUAUCAGCCCAAAUCUAUCCAACUUUCGGACGGUGACUACCAUCUUUUCUAGUUUCUCUUUAACCCACGUGAUUGCAUUUCAUUUGCAGCAGGUAUCCACAUUGGGGAAGAGCAAAAAAAAGAACAGUAGAAAAAGAAAACUGCCAAAUAAAGUAGUAAUGUUGAAUUAAUAUACCAACUGCGUUGAAAUUCUUGAAACAUCCGCUAUAAAACAGGGUCAUAUCCGGCAUCCCAAGUUGUCGUACAAAAACAUUUUUUCUCAAGAGAAAUAGGAGAAAAGACCCUCCUAGAUUGUGAAAAAAGAAAAGCUCAGAAAAGAUGGGAUCUGUUGGAGCAAAUGAUCAAAAGCCUCAUGCUGUGUGCAUUCCAUAUCCAGCUCAGGGACACAUAAAUCCCAUGCUUAAGCUUGCCAAGAUCCUUCAUCACAGAGGUUUUUACAUCACCUUUGUCAACACUGAGUACAACCAUAAACGCCUGCUCAAAUCCAGGGGUCCUAAUUCCCUGGAUGGUUUCCCUGAUUUCAAAUUUGAGACCAUCCCUGAUGGUUUGCCUCCUUCAGAUGCUGAUUCCACUCAGGAUAUACCAUCUCUUUGUGAAUCCACAACAAAAACCUGCAUAGUCCCUUUUUCUGCACUUCUUUCCAAGCUUCAAGACUCUGUUCCAGAAAUCCCUCCAGUCUCUUGCAUAGUUUCUGAUGGGGUUAUGUCCUUCACUCUUGAAGCUGCUGAACAGUUUGGCCUCCCAGAAGUCCUUUUCUGGACCACCAGUGCUUGUGGCUUGUUGGGUUAUACCCAGUAUAGCCCCUUAAUUGAAAAGGGUUACACGCCUCUAAAAGAUGUGAGUCAGGUGACAGAUGGAUAUCUGGAAACGAAGAUUGAAUGGAUUCCUGGAAUGAAACCGGAUAUAAGAUUGAGAGAUCUUCCAAGUUUCAUCAGAACCACAUCACCAGAUGAUAUUAUGCUUAAUUUCCUGGUGCAAGAAGUUAGCAGAAUCCCUAAAGCCAGGGCUCUGAUUUUGAACACUUUUGAGGCUUUGGAGCAGAGUUCUGUGGAUGCACUUUCAGCCAUGUAUCCUCUUGUUUACAGCAUCGGUCCUCUGCCCUUACUACUUAAUCAAAUUCAAGACGAUAAACUCAAAUCAAUCAACUCCAAUCUCUGGAAAGAGGAACCAGAAUGUAUUGAUUGGCUCAACAGCAAAGAACCCAACUCUGUAGUGUAUGUGAACUUCGGCAGUAUCACUGUGAUGAGUGCUCAGCAACUCACUGAAUUUGCCUGGGGACUUGCCAACAGCAAGAAACCAUUUUUAUGGAUCAUUAGGCCGGAUAUAGUCGCCGGGGAUACGGCAAUGGUGCCACCGGAGUUCUUGGAGGAAACAAAAGAAAGAAGCAUGCUGGCAAGCUGGUGCCCACAAGAACAAGUCCUGAAUCACCCUGCGAUUGGAGGGUUCUUAACACACAGCGGAUGGAAUUCCACCCUGGAAAGCAUCUGCGGUGGGGUUCCGGUGAUCUGCUGGCCGUUCUUCGCGGAGCAACAGACAAAUUGUAGAUACAGCUGCGUAGAAUGGGAAAUGGGAAUGGAAAUUGACAAUGAUGUGAAGAGGGAUGAAGUUGAGGUGUUAGUAAGAGAGCUGAUGGACGGUGAAAAGGGACAGAAGAUGAGGGAGAAAGCUCUGGAAUGGAAGAGCAAAGCAGAAGCAGCUGUGAAAGCACCAGAUGGAUCUUCUCGCCGGAAUUUGGAGAAGCUGCUCAAAGAGAUGGUUCCACAUUACUCAUUCUGAUCUGGCCGGCGGCGCAGAUGCGGGAAGUUGAAUCUGUAGCAAACGUCGAGCCAUCGAUUCGGUCAGUUUUAUUGUGAAUGGGUCAAAAAGAUACAACUACAUCUCAAAGAACUUUGGACAAUGCAUGCAAUAAUUUAAGCUGCGCCUGCACUACCAUGAAAAAUGAGAUUGUCAAUGUAAAGUUGGAAUUAGUUUUGACUCUUGUAAUAUGAUGAAGAAUUUCGAUUGGUUUGAGAUUUUUUCUUUUCCGGUUUCUGUGAAAACAGAGAUUCUUGAAUGGUUCUUGCAGUUUAAUUUGCAACAUUCCCCUCUUUUUUCCCCUUGGCAUGUAUACUAUCUCUCUUUCACUGUACUUCCCGUUCUAGAAAAAUAAUUUAAUUUUAAUUUCAAGAUUUAAUAUGGACAAAG